UCAGCUGUCCGCAAGAUCCCGUGUCUUCUCAGAUCGAGACCACACGCUCUUGCCAUUGCCCUCGUUCAGCAUCUUUACGCGCGCCAGAAUAUAAUAGGUCGAACAAUCUCGCUCAAGCUGGGUUCGACGGAGUGAAACAGAAAGCGUCCGGAGAACCAUGGGGUGCGAUUGCUAGUAAACGGCCUUCCGAGAAGAAUCGCGAACUUGAAUCGAGUCUGUCCUACGCUCUUUGAGCGCCACACGAUCUCUGUACUCCUAUAGUAAAACCAGGUUCGGUGCUGCAGUCAUGUCCAGCACAUGCUUCUCACUCUCGGGCUCGACCCAAUGUCCCGCGUUCAACACCUCAUCAAUCUCAACCAACUCUAGUCUCUAUACAGAUUUUCCAUUCAUGCAAUAUGUCUCCAACUUAACCCAAUUUGACCAAGAGCUGAACAGCUAUGUUAUGCAGUCUUUUGUCAAGUCAAAAUAUGUGGACUAUCUAGGAUGCGAAGGUGCCAACCUCACUGACACCAGUGAUUAUUAUGCCCGCUACACCACGAGUGUCAUUUGCAGUAGCUUGGUCCAAAGCUCCAAAGAUGAUUGCAACCUAUCAGUUCAAGACUCCAGACCACUUUGUGCUGAUACCUGUGCCCAAAUGGCUGAAAGUGAAGAGGCCAUAAUUACCGACUCCGACCUUUGUCCUGAGAGAGCCAGCGACUACAUGGCCCAGAUUCGAUCCGACUUUACCAUUUGUGCCCUUCCUGCCGACUCGAUCACUGUGAGCUGCAUCGAGGGGGCAGACAAUGAGCCUGAGAAUUGUGGAUUUCGGACCAAUCUUCUGGGCCUCUGUGCAUAUUGCGAAUCGAGCGCGGCCAACACCACCGAUUCCUGCUGCGAGGGUGCUGGGGCGGCUACCCGAUGCUUGAAUAUAACUGUCCCCUCAUCGACAAUCACGCCGGUCUUCACCUCGACGUCAACAUCCAACUCAACCGCCAAUGCGUCAGACGGCUUAUCUGGCGGAGAGAUUGCAGGUAUUGUGAUAGGAUCUGUGGCGGGUCUUGCUCUACUGGCUGCCCUGGGUGUACUAGCUUUCUGCUGCCUGCGGCGCAAACGUAAGGCUCAGACUGAAAGUGGUCUCAACCAACCGAACCCACAACGUAAGGGGUCGCCGGCUAUGAAACAGGGCCAGGUGAACAAUGGCUAUACUGCUAUUCCCGGAGGACGCGUCGCUCGAAUGUCUGCUUUGCGCGAGGUUCCCAGUGCGUCGCCGGCACGCUCGCGCCUUUCGGCAGCCUUAUUCGGAGGCGGCAAAUACAGCGAUUCUUCCGACUCAGAAUUUGGCGCCAGUCCGGGUGCGAUGUCCAAGCAGAUCCCUCCAACAACUGGUAAGCGUCGUGGCUCGCUAUCCAGCAACUCAGCUCUCGCUGGUGCGGGUACGGAUAGCUCGCCUCGUUCAAUGGUUGCUGGUCACUACUCGUCACCUGAAGGUGUGACAAGCGGACAGUCCGAACAAUUGUCCGCAUUUCAGGACUAUUACUCGCCGGAUGAGAUACAUCCCGGUGACAAGGUGGCUGUACUCUGGGCAUAUCAACCUCGAGCUGGAGAUGAAUUUGCCUUGGACAGAGGUGAGAUGCUGAAGGUAAUAGGCAUCUGGGAUGACGGAUGGGCUACUGGCAUUCGUAUUCCGGAAAGCGCCGAUGACCAUGAUGCCAGACACCGUGAGCAGCGUGAUAGUGGUGUCUCAAACGGCUCACAACGACCAGCCCCAUCUCCGCCUCCCCUUGGCGAGAUUAAAGCAUUCCCACUGGUCUGCGUAUGCCUUCCGCAACAUUGGCGGAAAAUUAUUGAUGGCGGGAAGGCGGACGAAGAUCCAUGAGACACAAGAACUAUGCCUAAGAUUCAAGUCCGCAGCAUUCCUCGCGGAACUAUACCACUUCCCGUUUGGUCUUCUAUGCAUCUUCGACUUGGGGCUGCAGCUCGAAGAGCAAUUUACAUCUCCAGACGUCUUUUCUCAACAGUUUGAACCAUGGAUUCAACAGCUGACUCUGAUAUAUGGCUUAGAACAUUAGGCACUCUUUAUGAUGAUUUGAACUGCAGUCACGACAUCCUCAAUCUGCCGGAUGUACUCUUAGGUUGACGAUGUUCAUGAGACGAUCUGAUCUUUAUGCUUUUGCGAUUACCCCUAUUUCGACCUUCAGAUUCUUAUAUACCCCGUUUUACAGCGCGCGGUGCAUGUCU